CAAUAAACGCCAAAUCAAUGACAGCUGAUGCGACGAAAUACGAGCUGGGACAACUUUUGACGCGCCACUUGAAUUGUGACACUGUCGUAAUGCUACAAAAUUUAAUGCCGCAGUGAUAAAUAAAUCAGAAUAACGUUAAGAAAGUGUUUAAUUAAGUAGGAAAUCAAAAAUGUUUACAACAAAGAAGGAAGUUGAUAAGCAUGUGAAGUCGUCGUUGACGAAAUUGACCGAGAAUGAGAAAAAAGACCGAGGCCUGAACAUCGCAAAGCUCUAUUUUAAAGUCGGUGACUACCAAAGUGCGCAAAAUUGGGUGUCGCUGUAUCUGGAAGUGCGUCCUUCGAAUGCUGGCGCUCACAAAUUGCUCGGGCAAUGCUACGAGAAAUUGAAGAAACCGGAGCGGGCGCUUCAGGCGUAUCAGCGAUCGUUGCAAUUGGAACCCAAACAGACUGGAUUGAUCACGGAAGUUUGCAAACUGCUGUUAUCCGACGAAAGUAUCAACACAAACCCGUCCAAGGCGAAAUAUUGGUGCGAUUUGGCGGAAAAGGAGCGCAUCCAGAACGAAUCUGUCCUCAGUUUGCGUCUCAAGCUCGCCGGCAAGACCGACAACAAAGUCGUCGAGCAACUUUUGCUGCAAGAAAUUCAAGGCAAACCGACAGAUCCCGGCCUGCGAAUCCGCCUGGUCAAAUAUCUGCUGGAGGAGCAACGUUACAAAGAGGCAUUCACACAUUGUUUCGACAUCGAGAUGAAGUUUGUCGAAACGUUUUCCGCGUCGCUCGAUUGGUACAACAUCGUGAACCUGGCGCUGGCGAAAUUCGCGGAAUCCGACAAAGGACACAAAACGAUGUGGAAUUAUUGGUUGCUUGCGGUGCUGGCGAUGGAACGACAAGUUUUCCUCAAUUUGAUGUCAGAUACGUUGCUAGUGAAUGUCAGCAAGACCAAUUUGAAGGAUGUGUCGGCGCUGCUGUUUGAGUUUGAUCAGUUGCUGCGACAAGCGGCAGAUGUGUCGUUGACUGUUUGCCCGACACGCGAAUUGGCGGCGCAGUUUGUGUAUCAUUAUCGUGGACAAUUUUUGUUGCAUGCUGCCACGUUGUUGUUCAAAGUCGAGAAAGUUUAUGCAAGAAACCAAUGGCGCGAAACAACAAAAAAAUGUCUUCCCUUGCUGAUGUUGGCCUACCAAUGUGGCAUCGCAGACACAAACGAACCGUGGCUCCGUACCUCGAACGAGCAAAGUCGCAACUUGAUCCAACAAUGGCACAACCAGGGAGCUUUUCGUUGCGCCCAAGCAGGCCGAACCUUACUUGCUUGCGUCUCCGAUGGCACAGACAACGCUGUAAUCGCCCAAAUCCGUUCCGUCACAAACAAUCGCACGUGGGAAACUGUCGAAGACAUCUUGAACCAAGUCCGUCAAUUCUGCAUCGACUCAAAUUGGCGCAAAAACAUUUUCCGCUCCCUCUUUUCGCAAGGCGACCAAAUGACGAAGCUGUCAACGUCGUAUUUCGUGCAAAGCGACACCAUGUGCGAACCGAGUUACGAAUUUCCGAACAGUGGCGACGUCGAAAAUUACGAAGAUCUCGCUCAGGCACUCAAACCGUCGUCGUUGCUGAACCAAGUUUAUCUCAAUUUGGGUGUGACGAAUCUUUCGGAUGCCCGCAGCUUCAUUUGUGACACGCUAAAUCUCUCCGUAGCCAAUUUAUCGAAUUGCAGUCCGGAUACGCUCAAUCAACUGGACUUGGAUUCGUUCCUGUAUUGCAGCAUAAUUCAGGCAAAACGCUCGAUUGAGGCGGAAAAGUCGUAUUACGAGACGUACAACGACAAACCGUACGAUAAACCGAACAUUUUGCCGAUCCCGAACAUGAUCGACGUCAUUUGCAGCGAAGAUCAGGCGGAAUGGUGGGAUGCCGCAUACAAAAUUUUGAAAAACACCUCCGGCGAAAACAUUUCUCACAUACGAGCGGUGUUGCAAAAUGGCAUCGAAGCAGUUCGCGGCGAAGGACCACCAAAAGUAGACCUAAUUAUCCUUUUGAAAUUGGCAAAAAUCUUACAGCAACGCUCCCACAGCUCGAUGAAACCCGAGGAAAAACGAUCUUUGGAAUGUCGCGCGGAACAUUUGUUCAAAGCCGCCUUGCGUCGCGUGAAGAAACAACCAAAUACGGGCGAAUAUCGCUUCUUAUUCAAAUUUGCGACGCAAAAUUACAACGUCGAAGGUGAUUUAACGGAUUUAAUUGAGGAAGGAAUACAAUUUUUGGCUGCCCGGUACUUCAAAUUGAACCAAUUCAACGAAUGCAUCGACGAAUUCGAGGGUUUGGAGUUCCCGUUUGCGACUUAUUUCCGCGCUGAGGCAUACAAAAAAUUAGAUGACCUUGGAAAAUCGUCAAAAAAAGCAAAAUUAUUGAAUUUAGAGAAGACCAAAACGUGUUUGAGCGAAACUUUGGCCCUUUUGGAUGAUCCACAGUACAAAAAUCAUCCGUUACAUUCGAUUGUGCCGAGUGAAAUUAAGCGGAUGCAGUAUGCGGGGGUCGGAGAUGCCAAUGUUUCGAACGGAUUUGGCAACAGUAGCUUCUUUAGUGCGGAAGAUGACGAUCGGCACAGCUUAAAUCAGUCAUAUCGAGCACGUAGAAAUGUCAGUUUCACCGACAAAACCGCCGAACUCGAAGUUUUGAUCCGAAAAAUGAUGGAAACGUUGGAUAUUGUCAAGAAAGAAGUCGUCACGAUCCGCGGGGAUGUCACCGAUAUGCAAGAAAAGGUCAGCAAGAUCGAGGAAAAUAUGAACAAGAAGCAACUGGAGAGUGACGAAGCCGAUUUAAACGAAUUAUACAUCCUGGACGAGUUAAAUAAUCAAAAUAAUGCGAUAGGCGGGUACGAUUCCAGUCAAAGUACGAUGCCAACGGUUCAACAAAUGCAACAAAAUGAGAUGUUUGCUCAUGCGGCGAGACUUUCGCAGUACAAUCAGAUGUAUAAUACGGCAUAUCCGAUGUACAUGCCGCCUUACGGGACCCCCGCGAUGCCUGGGGCGCGUCAAAGUAUCGGUCCUGGAGCGCAUAUGGGUGUUCCGUCGCCCAUGCAGGCAUAUCAGGACCCCAAUAUGAUGCAUGACCCCCGAAAUAGUCUCUUAAUUCAAGCAACGCAGUCACUUUAUGCGCCUCCGAUGCAACAAACGAACCCAAUUAGUCAAAUGGCGCAGAUGGCACAACAACCAAUGCCUUCUGUGGUCCAGCCAACGCCUCCUGUGGCUUCAGUUCAACCAGCAAAACCCAAAUCCGCGUUAGAACAGGCUUUGCAGACACCUUCCCUCAUCAACACGUGGAAUUCAACGUUCAACAAUCAAGUUGUCGACAAAUCCCCACCCGUUAACGUCGUUAUAACCAGCUCAGAUCCCCUUCCGAUGUACAAUACAGUCACGGCACAACCGAAAUUAAGUGUAAAUAUCCCGGCGCAUCACAUCAAGAACGAUCAGGGAUACAAACCAGGCUCGAAUGUCACCCAAAUCUUCAAGGAAACGAUCCCCAGUACAGUUUCCGGCAUCGAAAACAUCACGCCGCCAUCGUCGGACGUCCCAAAAUCCACUGAAAAUGCUUUGAACGAGAGUAAUUACUACGAGGAACCUGCCGAUUACGACCCGAUUCCCGAUUUCAAGCCAAUUAUCGCAUUGCCAGCGGAAGUUCAAGUCACCACAGGCGAAGAAAAUGAAGAAGUUCUGUUCAGUUCGCGCGCGAAACUCUUCCGCCAUAAUUCUGAGGCGAAAGAAUGGAAGGAACGCGGUAUCGGGGACUUGAAAAUCCUCAAAAACAAGGCAAACGGUCAAAUUCGCAUCCUAAUGCGACGGGAAAAGGUCCAUAAUAUUUGUGCAAAUCACUUUAUCGCGCCGGAAAUGAAACUUGUGCCAGUUAAGGACAAAGAUACGCAAUUUAUCUGGACCGCGAACGAUUUUGCCGACGAAACAUUGACUCUGGAGAAGUUUUUAGUGCGUUUCAAGGAAGCUGAUAUCGCUAGAUUGUUCCAAAAUAAGUUUGAGGAUGCCAAGAAGGAACUUGCAAAUAUUAAACCGAAGACGGCGGCGACGGUGGUGGCAUCGCCAGCGAAACCACAGGCCUCGGAAGCCUCGAAAACAUUCACGCCAGUCGUUACUUCAACCGCAACGCCCGUUUUUGGCGGAUUUACUGGCUCAAUUUCGGUUGCCAGCACAAAAUCGGUCUUUUCGACAACGACAACGGUGAGCACUUCGGAAAAAACAGCCGAAAAACCGUCGCCUUUUGCGAGUUUCACCUUUGGAAAGCCCUCGACAACCGAAAGUCCCAAGGCAUUCGGGUCUCUUUUCGGUAAUUUACCGAAACCAGCGCAAGAAAAUACCUUAAAUAGCUCAUUUACGACGCCGACAACCUCGACACCGACUAAAACAAGUACCGCGGAUGACGUUAACAAGUCCGGAAACGACGAAGAAGACGAUUAUGUGCCAACAGCAACGUUCACGCCCGUGAUUGAACUCCCAGAUCUCGUUGAAACUGUAACCGGAGAAGAAAAUGAGGAGACCCUGUUCGAGCAUCGUGCGAAAUUGUUCCGUUUUGAUCGCGAGGCGAAGGAAUGGAAGGAACGAGGUUUGGGAAAUAUGAAAAUUUUGGUCAGCAAAACGGAUGCAAAUCGUAUAAGGUUGCUGAUGAGACGCGAACAAGUGCUGAAAAUUUGUUGCAAUCAAUAUUUGUUGAAAGAUACGAAAUUCGAAGUUGUGGAAAAGCCUCCGUCGGUUAGAUGGCACGGUCCAGACUACUCGGAGAACGAAACGCAGUUGGAAUUUUUGGCAUUGCGCUUUAAAACGCCCGAGAUUCGGGAUGAUUUUGUCAAAGCGGUGACAGAUGCGCAAAAAAAGAUGACCCAAAAUGGCGACGAAGCAAAAUCCGAAGAGAAAUCUGAGAAGAAAACGGAAGAAACGAAAGGUUGGGGCGAUAAAUUCAAGCCGAAAGCAGGUUCGUGGAACUGUGACGACUGUUACACAGCGAAUGACGCGUCGAAAAGUGCUUGUGCCGCAUGUAACGCGCCUCGGGAUAAGACUCAGGCAGCUGCUGCACCAAAAGUUCCCCAAUCUAUUGAUCUUCGACCAUCGGCGGGGGCUCCCAAAUUCAGUUUUGGUGUUCAACCUGCUGCUACAAGUGCUGUUCCAGCUCAAAAACCUGCUGAAAAACCCGCUUCCGGGUCAGGAUGGGGCGAUUUAUUCAAACCGAAGCAAGGAACGUGGAACUGCGACGAUUGUUACACGCAAAAUCAGGCAACCGCAACAGCCUGCGUUGCUUGUAACGGUUUAAGAGACAAAUCAGCAGCGCCAGCGAAGCCUGCAGCUCCUCAAGGAAUCGAUUUAUCGACGAGUUCCGGAACGAAAUUCUCCUUUGGUGUUCCUGCGGCGACGACAAAUGGACCAGCAGCUGCCGCUGCCAAGCCUGAGACGAAAUUUUCUUUCGGUGCGGCGACGACACAAGCGACAACAGCAACAACUUCGGGAGGAUUUUCGUUCGGUGGCUUGAAUAAAAGUGGAUUUACGUUCGGAUCGGGAGCAUCGCCGUCACUUCCAACGCCGAGUUUUGCGGAUUUAGCAGCGAAAGCGAGUACGGAUUCAGCGAAUACGAGCAUUGAAAAGGGAAGCUUUGAUUUUGUGUUUAAACCGAGAUCGCCGGGCAAUCCUAAGAGUCCCUGCAAGAGUCCGCGUGCUGUGAGUGAAAGUGAACAAACGGAUGAUGAGUAUCAUGAGGAGGAGAAUAACACGUACUUUACUCCAGUUGUUACGCUGGCACCGGUCGAAGUCAAGACAGGAGAAGAAGACGAAGAAGCCCUUUACUCGCACCGCGCAAAAUUAUUCCGCUUCGAUGCUGACAGCAAAGAAUGGAAAGAACGUGGAAUCGGUGACAUUAAAGUGUUAAAACACAAAGUAACCGGAAAAUUAAGAAUCCUUAUGCGUCGCGAUCAAAUCCACAAAAUCUGCUUGAAUCACAUUCUCACGCCGGAAGUCGAGUACAAACGCAAAGACGACAAGAGCUGGUUGUUCGUGGUCGGCGACUAUUCUGAAGGCGAAGUCGAAAUCCGAAGUUUCUGUUUGCGAUUCAAAAACAACGAAAUCGCUACGGAAUUCAAACAAGCCGUUGACGAUGCACUUGGCGGCAAAGGUCGCGUUGUUGAGAACGGACAUGGCUCCGACGAGGACAAAGCGAUGCAAGAUGACACAAAAUUAGCGGAAAAACUGAAAUUACCUGCGGAUUUCUUCGAUUACAAGAAGAAAGAUGACUGCAAAGGAUGCCGCGGUUGCAAAUCGGAUGACUUUAAGAUGCCCGAUUUCCCGAGUCAAGUAAAAAUUGAGACUGAACUCCCGCUGGACAUGUCAAAUAUUAAGUUGGAAAAAUCGCGUCGUGGUUCGAAACCGAAACGUGUGUCAUUUUCGGAAACGGCAAAUAAUGAAGCAACUCCCAAAGCUGAUGCCAAGUCAAUUUUCUCGUCAGCUUUGAAUACAAUUCCAGCAGCAACGACGACAAAAUCAAUUUUCGGCGGCACGGGAGCAUCUGAGGGCGGAAAUCUCUUCGGAGGGUCAUCCGGAUUCCAAGGAUUUGGAGCUGCAGGAGCAAAAACGAGCAUUUUCGGCGGAAAUAAAGCAACUGAAGCACCUAAACCUGUUUUUGGAGGAAAUUCUGCAGCAACUCCCGAUGCCAAGACACUUUUCGGGGGAUUUUCCGCACAAUCUACAACUCCAGCUGAGACAAAAUCACUUUUUAGCGGCACUCCCGAGACAAAAUCGAUCUUCGGAGGCGUUUCUAGCAACGCAACUCCUGAAUCAAAAUCAAUUUUCGGCGGAGUUACGCCUUUAGCACCAUCUUCUGAGCCGAAAUCCAUCUUUGGAGGCACCGGAUCGGGACUUUUCUCAUCAAAUACCUUCACUUCGCCCUCAAGCAAUACAGCGCCAGGUACAAUUUUCGGCGCGAAACCCACUUUUGGAGCGACUAAUGCCGCAAAUAACGCAAAUAGUACAACACAAAACACUCCAGUCUUUGGAUCCGCUUCAUCAACGACGACUUUUAGCUUUUCCGCAGCCGCCAAGGACCUUGAAAAACCCAAAGCUCCCGAUGCCAAUGGCAAUGACAAGCCAGAUGAGAAUAAAAACACAGCAAUGCCCGAUUUUUUGAAGUCAAAUACGGGUCCGUCGUUUGCUAGUGUCGCUUCGAGCAAUAAUAAUGCCUUCAGUGGGGCCAGCGGAAAGGAGGGAUUUGUCGGAUUGACUGUUAAAGAAGACAUUUUCACGAAACUCGCAAAGCAGAAAAAUGCCGGAGAUACGAGUAAAGACGAAAACGACGAUUCAAAUGCCAACGAUGAGAAUUACGAUCCACAUUAUGACCCAAUUAUCGCGUUGCCGGAUGAAAUUCAGCUCAGCACGGGAGAGGAAGAAGAGACAAAAUUGUUUGGAGAGCGUGCGAAAUUGUAUCGUUACUCUACGGAAACAAAGGAAUGGAAAGAAAGAGGCGUCGGUGAACUCAAAAUUCUCCAUCAUCCGGGUCGCGGCACAUACAGAUUUCUCAUGCGACGCGAGCAAAUCCACAAACUCGUACUGAAUCACGUCAUCACGGACGACUUCCAGAUGAGCACGAUGUCGACAUCGACCAAGGCCUAUGUCUGGGGCGCCAUGAACUACUCCGAAGAGGGUGCAAAUGUCGAAAAACUCGCUGCCCGCUUCAAAAACGAAACGCUGGCCGAACAAUUCAAGAAGACCGUCGACGAAUGCGUGCAAAAACUGAACGCGUCGAAAAAUUUACAACCGGAACAGGAUUUAAAUAAGUUUUGUGUCGAGUGCGUUCGACGAAAACGACGACGACGAAGUGAAAAGUCGUCCAAAUCCAAGAUGGAGUCGAUGGAGAUUCCAGCGCUGCAUCCGCCAGAUGCGCCCCAGCCAUCGGUGAUCAUCGUAAAAAGCGUCGAGAACGCCACAAAAGUGCAACCCAUCAAAAUUGUCAUUUCCUCCUCGUGCACGGCGCUUCCAACGCAAACGACAUCGCUCGCAACAACGCCAACGAAACUGGAUUCGCAACAACCCGCAAAGAUGAUUAUUUCGCCCGUGCACCUUUCCACGCAGCCAACGGUGAGUGUCAAAGUCGGCACCAACCAGAUGAACGUCAAAAUGCUCACGAACGCGUCACUAAUUCAAAAUUCGUCGCUUACAUCAUCGCCGGCGACGUUAAAUGGCGUCGUAUCGACCGUAAUUCCGCGAAUUCACACAGAAAUCGAUGAAAUUUCGAGGCAACAACGCGACGAAAGCCCCGCCACGAAAAUGACGCGCGAGCAAAAAGCCCUGCAAGACGACAUUUUGGGCUCGGCGGUGCUGUCCCAGAUGAUAAUUGACGGAAAUGCGACGUCACGGAAGUCUCGCGGACGCAAAAAGAAGUCACAAUCGCCGCGUCAGCAGCAACAACAACGAAUAACGCGCAGCAAAAGUCGCGAAAAAGUCGUCGGGGACGACGGAGUGCCGCAACAACGAACGACUCGGAGCAAAAGUCGCGAAACAACGAAGACCGAUGGCAGUUUUACGGAAGAAAGUCACGGCAGCAGCAGUCCCCUGACAGAACAAACGAUCGAUUCGGACCAAGGAAGCACCCCGAAGCGACAUAAUAUGCGGUCAGCCAACGCCGAGUUCGCCCAGAAGCAAAAGUCGUUCAUGAAGGAGAUCAUCAAGACGCAGGAUUCGGAAGAGGGAAGUGAUGACGAGGCCCGAAACGGAAGUUCCGACAUGAAAUUGGGAGUUGAUGUCGUUGCACAAGCGCCAAAGAAGGGAUGGUCUCGUUACUGCUGGCGCUGCUACCAAAUCGGAGAAUUAAUUUAUUGCUCAAAUGCGAAAUGCAAGCGGUCCUUUCACAUGCGUUGCCUGUCGAAGCAACAGCAACCCGUGAGUCCGCAGGACAAAUGGACUUGCAGCGAUUGCCUGGAAAUCGAGGCGGCAGAGAAAAAGCCCAAAUUCGAGUUGGAAUUCGUGAGUACCUUGCUCACAUUUGUCUGCAAUCGAAUGCUGCUAACGAAAAAUUCACAUUUACUGUCAUCAACAUCGCCGGAAGAUGAGGCAAUCCCGAAUUACGAGGACAUCAUCGUGCAUCCGCUGAACAUGCAAAUGCUCGAAGCGAACGUCAAAGCGAAAAAAUACAAAUCCAUCGAAGCAUUUCACUCUGACGCCAAAUGGUUGUUGUUCAAUUGUGCCGUGCUCCCAAGCAAACUUCGCUUUUUGCCAAACGCCAAAAGUCUCCUCAAAGUUUGUCGCCAAGAAAUUCUCGAGAUCGAAACGUGCUUCGAGUGUUAUUUCAAAGCCAACACCGAUGCCGACUGGUUCACGGACGUUUGUUCCUCGCCGCACAUCCUACUUUGGGCCAAAUUGCGCGGUUUUCCGUACUGGCCCGCCAAGGCAAUGAGCGUAAAUGCCGCCUCGGGUCAAGUUAACGUGCGUUUCUUCGGUGCCCACGAUCGCGCAUGGAUCAACGUCAAAGACUGCUAUCUCUACUCGAAGGAAGACCCGAACGGCACAAAUCCCAAGAAGCAAAAUGACAUCGCGGAGUGCAUCAAAGAGGUCAACAGCCACAUUGAGAAACUCUCGGAGACUUUUAACGGGUUUGUGCAUGCGCCGCUACGAACGCCGUACGAUCCGACACGCGAAGCGGAACAACUGAAGCAACUUUUGCCCAAUAUCGAUCGCUACAAUCGCACGACAGAGACAAAUAAAAUCGUGGAGGGGCUUUUAUCGGGUCACAAACCCAAAUUAACGCUAAAAAUCAUUCGAACCGCAGACAAUACGCUCGCGACAACGAGUUCUAAUGCCGUUGCCGAGACAAAUGGCGACAAAAAUCACGCAGAAUCCGUGUCGAAGUUUAAAAUUUUGAACAGCAACAAGAAAAAUUGUCAAAUUUUGCCGGUAACGGGCACAGAAGCGGGGAAAUUCACGAUGAAACGAAGCGCCGACAGCUGGACUAUCCAAGAUCCGAAGGCGAAGAAGCAAAAAAGUACCGAGGAAAGUGAAAAAAGUGAACAGGAACGACAAAAAGGGACUUUAAUGCGAAGUUUGAACCUGGAACAGAGAAAAUCGGUUGUAAAAGAGGGCACUCCAAGCUCGGAAUCGGAAAAGGGAUCGGUUAGUGGCAGAAAAAGCGUGAACGGGAAACGACGGAAGACAAGUAAUGCUGAAGAGGUUGCAGAAAAUGUGACUUCUAGCAAUCCGGAGGGGGAUGCAGAUGAACCAAAACGACGAAGUACGCGACAUAAAUCGACAAAUCCCGUGGAAGAAGGUGAAAAUAGCAAAGAUUCGACGGAAAAAGUGACUCCACAGAGUACAAGUCCUCCGAAAACGACGAUGACGGAGCCUCCGCCGCUCGUUCCCUUCGAAAAUAUUCAAAUUAAACCAGAUCCAGAUGCCGUUCCUGACGAAGAACCGUCUCAACAACGACCAAUUGUGGCAAAUCCUCCUCCGGCGAAGACAGUUCCCGCGCCAAAAGGUCCCAAUUUGCCGCAAGAACCUUCGAAACAGGAACGAAUCAAGGUCAAAAGUAUGAAUUCGUUGAAAAAUAACACGCCAGAGACGCAAAAUCAACAACGACGUCCCGAACCCUCAAAACAAGCCACAAAUUUAUCACAAAAUCUUCCGCCUUCGGUGUCCCUCACGCAAAUUAAUGGUCCCAAACGCACUGCAAGCCGUCCUCUUCCUCCUACCGCAGGACCUUCUGCCAAAGUUCCGCCCCAAAAUAUGGUUGUAAUUCCCGCUGCCGAGCGCAAUGGCAUCAGUAAUCAGUCCAAUUCGUCUUCCGGCAACUCCACAAUCAACGAAGACGAAUCGCCGCCAAAUCACGCGUUAUCUGGAUUUAUUACGCAGAAUUUCGCAGCAGCCAUUACCGAUGCGAUUGUCGGCGGACCGCCAAAAUUAACAGUGACACCGAAACGACAACGAUCAGCAUUCCGCGGCGAACCGGAUAAUAGUUUUAACAGUGAAGCUGGACCCGUUUCGCGGUUACUCAAUGACAAUGCUCACAAGCUGGUCGACUUUUUCCGACAAGUGAUGGUCGAUACGGCGACAGAUAUGGCGAAAAAUGGCUCGGCGGAGAUGCGAGUGAGGAUGUUGGAAUUGGAGAUUGAACAGAUGAAGACGAGGCAUGCGAAGGAAUUGGCUGAAGUGAAACAUAAUUCAGAUCUAAUUCUGAGCGAAUACAAAAAGAGCCAGGAGAAACGUGAAGCUCAACUAAUUGACGAAAUAUCGCGAAAAUGCGAACUCGAGCGCAUUCGUGCCGUGGAAAAAGCCAUCGAAGAGACAAAAAGCAAGAAUUGGUGCAACUUUUGCAAGCGCGAGGCGAUUUAUCACUGCUGCUCGAGCACUUGGUACUGCGGAAAGCGUUGCCAACAACAAGACUGGGGAGAGCACAUGCGUUAUUGUCUCAAUGGGAGCAAGCAAGAGUGCGAUGCGCCACCAGUUGAACCAAUACGCCCUCCCACACAACAUAUCACGGGACCUCCUAUGAACAUGCCGCCAGGCGUUCCGAUGCCAAACCAGAUGCCCCGCGGACACGUUUUAUUCCAUCCAAAGGGCCCGAAUGUCGUGCCGCGCCCGCAACAAAUGAUGAUGGCGCAAGCGGGACAACUCGGAAUUAUGCAGAAUCGUGCAAGGCGCGGGCCGCAAAUUGUUACCGUGCGAGGCAUGGUCAAAUAAUUCCUUAAUUUUUUUUUUAAAUUUACUUUUUUUUUCUAUCACUAGUUUAAUUUAACUGCAAUAAUUUAUUUGCCUUCAUUCGUUUUGAAAAAACACAAAUUCAUUAUCAUCGAACUAUUUGAUGUCUUGUAUACUACUAAAUAUUACGAUAGGCUGUAUCUAGCUGGAGAAUCAUUCUUACAAGCAAACAAAGGAGAAAACUAAACUUUUUUUUAUGUCAUGAGACAUAAGAGUCUUACCUACUUAGCAGUAACUUAUAUUGAUAUUUUAUAAGAAAAACUAAAUAUGUGAGUGAUCCAGGCGAAUUUGAAAGCCGGAUUUUGAUAUAAAAACUAAAUAUUAUUAAUUAAAUAAAUAAAAUACUGAAAUUACUCUAUAUAUUUUAAUUAUAAAUAAAAAUAUUACAAAUUAAUGUCAAAUUACAUGCUAAAUAA